CUCUUGCAUUUCACAAUUCGGACAGUUCCCUCAAAACCCCGCUGCGGUUUUCAAAUUUUUUUAUUUUCUCUUGCAGAUAGGUUUUCAGGUUUCGUUUGAUUGCUGGUUUAAGCAUGGAAGCAAAAGAAGGGAUGAGUUCAGGAGUUAGGGUGGGAGGAGCUGAAGCUCCAUCGGCUUAUCAUGGGGCUCCGAAUACCGAAAACCCUACCCGGGUUGCAGGAAUGCCUGUAGCAGGCGUAUCAGCGACGAAUGUGGGAGUUGAUGGGGCUACAGUGGUAAGAGCUGAAGCUCCAUCGGCUUAUCAUGGGGCUCCAAAGACCGAAGACCCGACCCAGGUUGCAGGAAUGCCUCCAGAAAAAGUAGCAGAGACGAAUGUGGGAGAUGAUGGGGCAACUGUGAAGAGGAAGCGGGGCAGACCAAGGAAAUAUGGCCCCGGCGGGACGGUGACAAUGGCAAUGUCACAAAUGCCAGGUUCACCACUUGCUCCGGGUACCGGCGGCAACUUAUCUUCUGCUGUAAGGGGAAGGGGGAGGAGGGAGGGGGAGGGGACGGUCUGA